AUGGUGGAGUAUUGGAAGAGCUUGAAAAAAUACUACUGCAUUUACUGCAAGAUAUUUUUGCUCGAUAAUCCAGCAAACCGGCGAAACCAUGAAAAGGGUGAAAAGCACAAGCAAAGGAUGAAGGCCGUCAUAGACGAUGCAAGGGCGACCUCCGGGACAGCUGCCCCCAAAGCAUCGAGCUCCUUCUAUGGCGACCAUGGUAACAACAGGAUACCAGGUGAAGAUCAUGUGUUUCCUCGUACAAAAAGAGAAUUCCAUGCACUUUCUCCCUUAUAUACCGACUCGAUGCCCUCUUUUUCGCGUAUCCAUUCGAUGCCCACUCCAGAGAUGGCCACAAAAAAGGCCCCAAAGACCUCCAUUUCAUUUUCCUUUAAGUCAAAAACGGAAACAAGCCCCGCCUCUGUUCCGCCUGCUUUUCCAUCUUGUGUGGCGCAGAAUGAUCAUGCUGCCGUUGCUAAUCAUCAAGCAGAGACGAUUUGCAAAGAUGAUAAGGACAUUGUGCCAUGCAAAGAUCCAUCCAGUAGUCCCAAUGCUAGCAAUCUGAGCGAUGAUCAAUGUCCUCCAAAACGCCAAGCGAUGGCCUCAUCAAAUCACAUUUAUUUGAAAGGGACAACGAACCCAUUGACUCAAAAACAGAUCUUUUGGGCAAAGCCCCCCAUGGCGUCUGAGAAAACACGGAAAAACGAGAGAAUCACAAUGGCUAGCGAUGAGGAAGAAGAUUAG